AUUUGAGUUAUUAAUCCUAUAUUGUGGUUUUACGUUUUUCGAUAGCUUUUCUUUGCGAUAUUUGCGACAAACGAUUCCAAACUAGGGGAUCGUUGAGGACCCACAUGAAAACACACAUAUCUAAUCCGGUACUAUGUGGCAUUUGCAACAAGACUUUCCUGCGCAAAGAUCUUUUAACCAGACACAUGAGGUCCAAGCAUCCUAAUGAAUUGCUCCAGAAAAUGGACGCAGAGGAUACUAUAUCGAUCGCUACGGAAAAAACCGACGAGGUUGAGUUUGAGGGUGAAGUCUACGAGAUAACACCGCUGGAGGACAUCCAGAUCGUGAAGCUUAGCUCGGAAACGGUUUCUUUGAAAAAGGAACACAGCAAUGAGAUCAAAACUGUUGAUGUAGUGGAAAUUGUUUCGUCUGAAAUCGAACCUCGACACAGACAACGAGAAGUAGCUAAAAAGACCUCGCCACUGAAACAGCAAACGACGUCCCAAACAUCUCCAGUAUUCAAGACCCCAGAAAGCAUUGCAGUUGUCAAAAAAACAGCGUUGAAAAAACCGACUUCAACAAAAACGUUAGCUGUUGCUGCCAGCUCUGGAGUAACUAAAUCUCAACCAUCGCCAGUACAGCCAAAGCCAAAACCUUUGCCAACUUUACCAACUGUACCCCCGAAGGUUGCUCCAGUAAAAUCUAUUUCUGCAAAACCUGCUCCCAAAGCAACUCCACCAAAACCAGUUUCCACAAUAGAAAAUGCCCCGAAACUAACUUCUACAAAAGUAACAGCCCCGAAACCCGCUUCCAAAAAAGCAACUGUCCCAAAACCAACUUCUACAAAAACAACUACACCGAAACCAGCCUCCACAAAAACAAAUCCUCACAAAUCAGUCUCCACAAAAACAAUUUCCCCAGAACCACCAGUCACAAAAGAACCAGAAAGCCUUAUUGUCGUAAGCCUGCCUAGUCCUUCGCAGGCAGAAGUCGACAUUCCACCGGUUGAAACGAAAAAGAAGCGGAAACGUGACAAAUCAACGGCUGCUAAAGAUGUGGAAAUACAACCGCCUGUUUCCCGAAUCAAGGUGGAAGAACCGGACGACGGUAUGCCCAUCUUCCUGAACGAUAGCAUGCUGAAAGAGAAGGUGGGGGAGCUGUUGCAGGUGCUGAUAGACGAGGAAACGCUGUCCGAAUUUGGCUGGCCCAACGCACCGGUCGAGCAGCUGCUGAGCAACAUCAUCGUACGCUGUGGCCACAAACCGGCUGGGGCGGCCGAAGCCGGUGAUGCCGGCACCCGUUUGCGGGAAAAUACGAAAAUUUUGUUCUCCCUCACCAUGGAGGACGAUCACGUUAAAGUGUUGCUGAACAAUCAAACCGUCGAUGAGGUGAUUAUGAACGUGUUGAAGAGCAAGUGAAAAUAGCUGGAGAUGCUGAAAAGCAAAGUACAUAUACACUUCAUAACAGAUAUCACCAAGACAGACUUCUAGUAAUUGGUCUUUAAACGUUGAUUUAUUUUUAAUUGAGCUAUUCACCGAAGCUGAAUGUUCAAUUCAUAUUAAUUUCUCGUUGAUUGAAACUGUUCCACAGUUUAUUUUUCCGUGGAAUACGAAUUAACCUAUGGAUUAGGUUUUGAAUCCUUCUUCUUUAUUGUAACAAUUUAAAAUUUUAGCUACCUACAUCCAACUUUGAAAUCAAGUUUCUUCAAGUGUUGAAUUUCUACCACGACAUCUAGAGUAAUACCAGGAUUGAAAUUUGAACUAGAAACCUAAAUAUUCGACUAUUCGACUACACUUUGGUAUCGAUUUUUGAAAAGGGCGAAUACAAGCCGUUUUGAGAAAAAUGCAUUCAAGUUUAAUGUUUUUUUUUUCAUGUGGUUCACAACUAAAACAUAAACUUUAUUCCAUUUGUAAGCAGGCUUUCUUUUCAUUCAGCUUUUGUUAGGGCGAUUUUGUUGAACAUCCCGUUAAUAAACUAUUUAGAGUUAAGUUUGUAACCUCUGAUUCCUGGAAGUGCAAUUGAAACAUGUGAACCUAUAAACAUUCAGUUCGGAUUAGAUUAAUUGCUUCAUAUAUACCGUACAGAAAAUGAGUUGAUCCUAGGAACGGAACCGUAUGUACUAUUUUUCUUUUAAUAUAAACAUGAUGUUGGUAAAAUCAACAGUCCGAAAAUUGAAAUAAACUGAAGAGAAGAUGCAACUGUUAUCAUAGAAUAUAAAUUCAAUAAAAC